CCAAGCUGGGGAUGCCUCAGUUCCUGAGCACAGAGGCCCAGAGCCUGCUGAGAGCCCUCUUCAAACGGAACCCCUGCAACCGGCUGGGUGCUGGCAUUGACGGAGUGGAGGAAAUUAAGCGUCACCCUUUCUUCGGUACUGUAGACUGGAAUAAGCUGUACCGGAAGGAAAUCAAGCCACCCUUCAAGCCAGCAGUGGGCAGGCCCGAAGACACCUUCCACUUUGACCCUGAGUUCACAGCACGGACACCCACAGGUGACAUCCUCUUUGGAAACCAUCAAGAUGUUCUGUAG